AUGAGAUCAAAUUCAUAUAAGGAUUCAUUUGAAUCGCUGCAUGCUUCGGAUUUGGAUUUGAGUGGAAUUAGUGAUACAGGACAUGCUACACACUCUACAGAUUUGUACGAUUACUCUUCUUCGCCCAUUCAUCACAUCUCCCCUAUCAAACAGUCACAAUUUAGUAGGGGAGCCUCACUUCCAACAAUUUCACCAACCAAACCACCCUCAUCACAAGGAAUGUACUCAAAACAAACUCCCUCUCCAACACAAAACACUUGCCCAAUUUGUGGAGAAAUCUAUACAAAUUAUUCCAUCUUUUUAGAUCAUGUUUAUGGAUCGAGUGUUUGUAGUGAGAAAUUUGAAGAAUCUCAAAGUGGAAAAAACAAUUCGAAACAAGCAAGUCUUGCUCUAUUUUCAACCCAUUACAGACAUGUAGAUGCAACCACAACAGGAUUAAAGAUUGAACACAUUGCAGUUGUAGUGAGUAGUAAGGACCAGUACUCAUUUGGGGGAAAGAAUGCUUGUACUUCAAUAGCAUGUGAAUUUGCUAUUCAACUGUUGAACGGAGUGUUGGAUUCUGAGAGAUCAUUCUCUUGGAGUCCCACCACUAUUGACAAGGUAAUUGAGUGUGGAUGCAUGCAAGAUCCUCGACUUGGAAACUUGUCUUUUGAGGAAGUAAUGAAUAUCAAUAAUAGAAUGAGUAGUUAUCUAGAGCUAGUGCAUCCAGAAAUUCAAAAAUCAGUCAAAGGCCCAUCGUUUCUCACAACUCUGGAAACAAUUGAGAGCUGUUCUCAUCAAAUGAGGAGACCACUAUGUGCCAUAUUUACAAAACAACCAGAAACAGUAUUGAUCUUUUACAAUUUCAAGACUGGAAUGUUCUUGUUGGCAGAUUCACAUCCUAGGGAGACUGAUGAUCUUCCUCAUGGUGCGAGUGUUAUCUUUACGAGAAGUCUUCAGUCAAUGGCCGUUGUUUUGAAAAAGUGGCUCUUCCCAUUCAUGGAUUUUGAUGAAACUUCGUCCAAUAAGGGACUUUCAGAAUUGUACAAUACUUUUUCAUGCUCCAUUGUUAAACUGAGGAGUGGAACUGAAUUUAGAGACUACCAACCAGCAUCUAAAGCUAGUCCAACAAAACCAAUCAUUUCCCAACAACAAAAUUUCAACACUAGCAAUACUAACACAACAGAAAGUAGAGAAAGUAGAGAAGACCAAACCAUGAUACGAGACUUGAUGAGUGAGCUCUCUUCUCAACAAUCAGAAAAUGAUCAACUGAAAAAGUCAUCUCAACAAAACGAGGAAAAGAUUGCAAAACUGAAGGAAAAACUGGAAGUGAUGAGAGAAAAACAUCUCAAUCUCAAAAGGAAAAUGAAAGAUUCAAAAGAAUUGAAGAAAUCUUUAGAAUCAAUCGAAUCCAUAAUGGAUAAUAUUUCUCCACUUUUAAUUUCAGAUUCAAAUAAUUUAUAA